CUUUUUCUCUUUGUUUAGAAUUUUGUAUUCUUCAUUUUCCAUAUCUGGUCUGGUACGAACGCUGUGAAUUCAGAAUUGUCCAAAGUGAGUGACUCAUUUGCUCAACGCCUUUUACCGCACAAAAACGCCGGCAGCGAUGUCAAAACAAAACCUUUUUUCUCUCUCCAUCCUCUCUCUCCUCUCCCCAAACCCUAACUCCUCCUCAAGACCUUCAAUCCUCACCAAUGUCGCCUCACUCUCUCUCUAAGUCUCUGUCUAAUCUCACCCUCAACCCUACCGACUCUCCCACCAACCCCUCUCCAUCGCCCUCCACCUCAUCGUCUUCCUCAUCGCCGUCUCGGUACUCCGACAUGUGGAACUACCUCUGGAUUCCAGUUCUCAUCGCUUUAUCCAAAGAGUUGACUUCCGCCAAGGCUCAGUCGACGAUUCUGUUGCCGAGUGAGGUCGGCCUCGAGCCGCCGAGGUUGCCGAGUUGUCCGUUACCGGACCCCAAGCUCAAUUUCCGGCCGGUGAUCGGAAUCUUGACCCAUCCCGGCGACGGAGCCUCCGGUAGGCUUAACAAUGACACCAACGCUUCCUAUAUUGCUGCAUCGUACGUGAAGUUCGUGGAAUCGGCCGGUGCUAGAGUUAUUCCUCUUAUUUAUAACGAGCCUCCUGAGAUUCUCUACAAUAAACUCAACCUGGUCAAUGGAGUGCUUUUUACUGGAGGGUGGGCUAAAAGUGGUCUCUACUUUGAGGUUGUUGAAAGAAUUUUCAAGAAAAUUUUAGAGAAGAAUGAUGUGGGAGACCAUUUCCCUUUACUCGCCAUCUGUUUAGGCUUUGAGCUUUUAACAAUGAUCGUCAGCAAAGACAAUAACAUUCUCGAAACAUUUAGUGCGGCGGAUCAGGCAUCUACACUCCAAUUCGUGAAAAACAUAAAUAUUGAAGGAACAGUGUUCCAGAGAUUUCCUCCAGAUUUGCUUAAAAAGUUGAGUACGGAUUGCCUUGUCAUGCAAAAUCAUCAUUAUGGUAUAUCACCAGGAAGAUUCAAAGAGAACGAGGAUCUCUGUAGUUUCUUUAAUAUUUUAACAACUAGCGCAGAUGAAGAUAAUGAGGUCUAUGUGUCCACAGUUCAAGCACACAGCUAUCCUGUAACUGCUUUCCAGUGGCAUCCAGAGAAAAAUGCUUUUGAAUGGGGCUUAAAAAUGAUUCCACACUCUGAAGAUGCAAUUCAAGUGACUCAACAAGUUGCAAACUUUUUUGUCAGUGAGGCUAGGAAGUCCUUGAACAGGCCGCCUGCUCGAAAAGUGCUUGACAACCUCAUUUACAAUUACAGUCCCACUUAUUGUGGGAAGGCUGGGAAAGGAUACGACGAGGUGUAUAUCUUCUCACUUAAUCUUUGAGCCUGAAGUCUUUCAAGGUAUUUGUGAAAUGUACAUGGUCAUGUCAAUUACAUUAUUGCUUGUAAAGCUUCAAAGAUGUGAUUGUUGGAUAUGUAAAGAGGUUCCAAAAAUUAUUAAAUAAAGAUUAAUGCCGGUGAAGGGUUGGUGUGGGGCACUGUAUGUAGGCUUUCUUGCACAUCCUUCAAAUAAAACUGGAACCUCUGCCGUAUUACAUUCUGCAUCUUAUUCCAGCUGGUUGGAAUGUAAAAUAGUGAGGCACUGUUGGUGUAUUUUAAUAAAAACCAGAGCUUGGAGCCCUUACAAGCA